GGGCCAGGCCCUGUCUAGGCCCGACCCCUUCUCGCCCCCUAGAGGCAGGGAUAGUAAUAGCCGCCCCUGCCUUCCCGCUUUUCCCGACACCUUCUCCUUUCCCUUCCCAUACGCAUGCGCACUUCCGACAUUCCCCGCCUACUCAGGCAGCUUCGCGCGCCCUACGCAUGCGCAUUCGCGAGCUUCGGCGCCGCCAGGGCGACAUGCCCCAACAGUCAUGGCGACGCGGCCUUGUUUGGGGCUGGCGGUGGCUGUGCUUGGUGGCGCUGGCGGUUUUCCCUCCGGGAAACGGUGACUGCUAUAUUUCUGAAUUGCCUGAAUUUGCUUAUUCUGAACCUAAGCUUCGCUCAGUUCCAGACUCUGUUGGAGAUGGUUAUAUUAUUACAUAUGUUUGCAAAUUAGGUUUUGCAAAGAUUCCUGGAAUAAAAGGAUACACUGUGUGCCGCAGUUAUACUUGGUCAUCAAUAGAAGAAUCUUGUGAUGUGCCAAAGUGUGAAGAUCCCAUUAUUGAGCAUGGAACAAAAUUAAGUGGAUUCAAGCAUUCAUAUGCAAAUGGUGACAAUGUGACAUUUGAAUGUAACAUUGGAUAUUUCAUGAUUGGAAGUUAUUUCAUUCAGUGUGAAAAUAAGCGCUGGUAUCCCACAGUGCCAUCUUGUCAAAAAACUGUUGCCGUUCUCAUUACAGUUGUUAGAGAUUUGUGUGGUGCCCCAGUACUCCCAUAUGGGAUGGUAGAACCACUGAAGCUUCAAUAUCAGAGUGGAUCCAUCAUUGCUGUACACUGCAAGCCAAACUAUUCUUUCCCUGAUGAAACCAUUGAGAUGUAUCUGACAUGUCACGGCUUUAAUCUAUGGGAACCUACUGUACAGCCUUGUUUCCUCAGAACUUCACCUGACACUUCUAAGUUCUUUAUUCAUAAUGGAAAAAUAGUCAGUGGAAAGAAAACAAUCUAUGAGCCUGGAGAUAACAUUACAGUUGAAUGUCUUCCUGGCUAUGCAUUAAACGGGCCACGUGAAAUUCGCUAUGUUGGUGGGGGAAAGUGGUUACCUGUACAUCCAAGGUGUUACCUGCAUGCUUUUUUUACACUAAUAAUAACUGUUGUAGUGCUUAUUCCACUUUUGCUGAUAUUGGAAAAACUUUACAGAAAAUGGAAGUAAGAUUAGUAGUAUCAAGAAGUGUAUACAGUACCAUCUUCUUCAAAACUACACUUUCAUGUAGGCUUCCGGUUCCAGCUUCCAGUGGAGUUGCAUUGGAGGACCUAGAGGCUGCUUGAGAGGUAUCCUCUAUAUGAAUUUGCUAGACCCUCCAACACAUCUCUGUAGUAAAUUCUGAGGGAAAAAUACCAUAGAAUCACCUGGAGGACCUUGUGAAUUCCUAGAGAGACAAUUUCCCCUGAGCAUGGAGACUACAUACAUAAAUUACUUCACAACCUCUGAGGAUGCCUGCCAUAGAUGUGGGCGAAACGUCAGGAGAGAAUACUUCUAGAACAUGGCCAUACAGCCCGGAAAACAUACAACAACCCUGUGAUCCCAGCCAUGAAAGCCUUCGACAAUACAUAAAUUAAAAUUGUACAUAUGGUGUAGUGUACAUUACACGGGAUUAAAGUGUCUAGUGCUUCUUAGCAAUCACUAUCCUGAUGCCUCUUUCACACACAGAUAAAUACCAGUGCUGUUAUGGCAGACAUCCAUUGCCAUUAUUCUCAUAUGUUGUCCUACAGAUGAAUAUACUCACAAUUGUUACAGUUAUCACCACACCACUGGUCCACAGUAACAGUCUCAAACAUUACAGGCAGUCCCCACGUUACAAGCAAGAUAGGUUCUGUAGGUUCUUAAGUUGAAUUUGUAUAUAAGUCAGAACAAAUACAUUUUAAGUGUAAUUCCAGCCAAAUAAAUAUGUAUGCAUAUGUUUCAGUUAGCAUAGGGAAGAGUUUAAAAAGUGAAAUUUAUUUUGCUGUCUAUGCCCGUUCAGAAGAUUUCAUCUCACUUUCUGUCCCUGUGAUGAUUGGAUUUUGAAAAAGUUGGCUUGUGGAAACAAUGAUUGGUGCUAAAGCUUCAGUGGAGACACAUUUUCCCAAUAGGAAUUUCCCUUCCUAGGGGUAGAUUUCUUCUCUUCUUGAUGUUUCACCCCGUUCUUAACUGAGUUGGAUGUUAAUCGGAUGCUUGUAACUUAUCAGAGUUUUUUAUCACUACAUAACUGGUCUGCACUAACCGUACAAUCCUGGAACCAGUUUGAGGCUUGAAUGUUGAUUACACAAACUACAGAGCACUGGUAUAAAUUACGAGCUUUCAUUCAUGUGCUUUCAUGGGUGUUCUUUGUCUAGCUGCCACAAUUUGAAACUAGCUUUGAACAGCAUUAAAUGAUCAGUUUAGAUGGAGCCAGGAACCCCUGGUGGCACAGUGGGUUAAACCGCUGAGCUGCUGAACUGGCUGACCGAAAGGCCACUAGUUCGAAUCCGGAGAGUGGGGUGAGCUCCUGUUAUUAGACCCAGGUUCUUCCAACCUAGCAGUUCGAAAAAAUGCAAAUGUGAGUAGAUCAAUAGGUACCGCUCCAGCAGGAAGGUAACAGCGCUCCAUGCAGUCAUGCUGGCCACAUGACCUUGGAGGUGUCUAUGGAUAAUGCCGGCUCUUCAGCUUAGAAAUGGAAAUGAGCACCAGCCCCCAUAGUCAGACACGACUAGACUUAAUGUCAGGGGAAAACCUUUAGCUUUACCUUUACCUUAGAUGGAGACACAGUUAACAAUAGUGAAGGAUUCCACAGGUCAAGUCAGUGUUAAGAUGGCCUUGCCUCUCAUUACUCUGGAUCAGCCUGCUGGGUGAUUUCCAAAAAGGAAAAAGCAUUCAAAAAUGGUAAAUCAGCAGCAGUUCAGAUCAGAAGCUUCUAGUGCUAGCAGUAGAAUGAUUGAGCUUAGCAAUUCAGGAGCAGAGUCAAGUUUUUAAAAUGUUAUUAAAUACUUUCAUCAAAGAACUACAUAUCUAGAUAAGAAAAUUUACAGAAUAAAAGAAAAUGGAGGAGUUGGGUUUACCAUGGAGAGCAUGAGAAAAUAGAGUGACAGGCAGAGAUGCCAGUAGGGGGAGAGCUGCUCCCUACCAACUAACUCAUCUGCGUAUCUAGGUCCUUGUGCCAGGAUGUGGUUGAGUUCCAGUGGAGCAUUUGGCUGCAUCACGGGGCUGAUCUAGGGUAAUGCAGGCAUUUUGAAGACUGUAUUAAGUGGUCAGUGUAGAUGUGCCCAUUGUCUUUUACUCUGCACUUUUCUGAAUUAAUCUAAUAUAUCUACUCUGGUCAUCUAUAAGGUAAACUUGCUUAUCAUGACUUAUGUCAUGGAUACAGAACACAACAAUAAAUGUUUUCCAAUAAAUGUGUUUAUGGAUUGUUUUCCAAUAAAUGUGAUUAUGGAUUCAUCUGCA